CCAGGAUCAAUAGCUUGGGCAGCAGUCAUUGCAAUAUUUUUACUCUCACCCAACACUGAGUUUUUGAGUACUGGCAUUGGGAAGAGGUCAACCAUUAACUACAAGAACUUAUUCUUUCACUACAAGAAAGUUUUGGUAACCAAAUGGAACAUGAAACACAUUGUAGUGAUUGUCGCCAAUAUCAAUCACUAUAUUUUCAAAGCUGCAAAAGUUUCAGCUUUCAAAUCUGCAGAUCAAGAGGAACGCACAGAUGCAAUUGAGCAUGCACUUGCAGCCCUCGAUAUGGAUAGUGAUUCAUCUAACACUUCAGUCCAGAUAGCUGCCACUCUUGAAACAGCCAAUCUCAUUGUGGUCUCCAAUCCAAUCCAGAGCUUCUCACUCCUAGUAGAUUCAGACAUCAUUGAAUUGGAAGUGAGGGAUUCA